CGUAGAAAUUAGGCAGGUAGAGAAUAGACAAACAGAAAGUCACCAUUUCACUCGGAGAUUUCCCACCCAGUACCUGUGCCAUGCCAUGCAUGAAAAUAUAAGGAAUCCUGCUGCCACUCAAUAAAAAUCACAAAGAGAAAGUGAGGUUCUGCAAUGGCUAUGGCAGCAUCAAGAUUGCUUUUCCUUUUUUGUCCCAUUUUCAUUAACCUCCUUGUCCUCUCUAUUGCACAAUCAGAUCCACUUUAUCACAUUUGUUCGGAAACUGGUAACUUCACUAACAGUAGUGACUACAAAUCAAACCUCAAUAACCUGCUUUCCUCCUUCUCUUCCAAUACCAAAAUCGACUAUGGGUUUUACAACGACUCGUAUGGCCAAAACAAUGGCAAAGUUAACGCAAUUUCACUCUGUAGAGGAGAUAAAAAGCCCGAAACCUGCCGAAGUUGCAUCACUAAUUCUAGCCGAGUGCUUACACAACUCUGUCCAAACCAAAAGGAGGCCUAUAUAUGGUAUGAUGAUUGCAUGUUAAGGUAUUCAAACCGUUCCAUAGCAGGCAUUAUGGAAUCUGGGCCUUACUUUUGGAUGUACAACGUGAAUAACGUGACCGACGAAAAAGAGUUCUAUGAGAAGCUAAAUGUUUUGUUAGACAACCUUACUAAUUUAGCAGCAUUAGGUGAUUCACGAAGAAAAUUUGCAACAGGAAAUGAGACCACGGAAAACUCUCAAGAAAAAAUGUAUGCACUUGUUCAGUGCACUCCUGAUUUGACUGAGCAGCAAUGCAGCGGUUGCCUGAAUCAAGCUAUCAAAUUGAUUCCAAGAUGCUGUUACAAGAAGCAAGGAGGGAGGGUGAUUUCACCUAGCUGUCACUUUCGAUAUGAAAAGGACCCUUUCUAUGAUCUUGUAGCCACGACGCCGCCACCGUCUCCAGCGCCACUUUCAGUCCUUCCACCGCCACCACAAGCAACAGCAGAUGCAGUGCCACCAAGAGCCAGUACCGCGGCCAAAAUAGGUACUGCAGUAAUCAUUACAGAAUAUGUUCUGUUAACAAAUAUGCUAAAACAUCGGCCAUAGUUCAAACUACCAUUGCCAACGUUUUGCCAAUAUUGCUACUUCUAUGGUCCUUACAGCAUGUAUGAGCCACUUGACAGACAGCAAAUCAUCUACAUCAUGUUCACUUUCUUAUUUUGCAGCCCUUUCUUCCUCGGAUUAAAACAAUAAAUAUAGUUGUAGUCUGUAUUUAUUAUGGACACAACAAAUAUAAAUUUAUCGUUGAUUGGACAAACAGUUUUUAUUUAUUUUUAAGUUUCUCUCUGAGAAUCGUUGUUUUCACUUCUGGUAGUUUUGUUUUGAUGAGGAUGAUUGUUGUAAGCAUUGUAUUGUAGCAUUUCUGAGUUAUUAAAUUGUGUUUGAAUCAAGGAUCUCUUCUUUAUUUC